AUGGGUAGAGUUAGAACUAAGACUGUCAAGAGAGCAGCAAGACUUAUUGUUGAAAAAUAUGUAUCAAAACUUACUUUGGAUUUCCAAACCAACAAGAAAAUUGCUGAAGAAGUUGCUUCAAUCCCAACAAAACGUCUCAGAAAUAAGAUUGCAGGAUUCGUUACCCAUUUAAUGAGGAGAAUUCAAAAAGGUCCAGUACGUGGUAUUUCAUUAAAACUCCAAGAAGAAGAGAGAGAAAGACGCAUGGAAAAACUACCAGAUAAGUCUGAAGUCGAUUUAGAUGUUAUUUUGGUUGAUCAAGAUACUAAAGAUAUGCUUGUUGGAUUGGGUCUUGAUAUCCCUGUUGAAGUCGUCUCUCCAACACGUGUAUUCCAAGGUAAAUCAGGUAGACACUAA